AUGGAGUCUGAGAACAAUCUGAGGCUUCCACUCUCUCAUGAUGAUCCAAAGCAGAGUGAAGAGAGACAACGAAAAGUUUCAACCAUGACAAGAAAAGGAGUCUUCGCUGCUUUAUCUUACAUGGCCUCUUCGGCAGAAAAAGUUAACAGUGGAAGGGAUGAAGUCGGAAUCAUGUUGAUUCAUAUAGAAAGUGAUUGGAUUAUGAUGUGUAAGGGUUUACUUCUCCCUAGGCUUCAUAUUGCUUCCGUCCUUCUCCUUUUUGAAGUGACCCCACAGGGGUCUAUUGCUGUCGCGCGUGCGUGCAGAAGGGUAAGUCACGACUGUGCCUUAGUUUUUGCUUCACAGGGACGGGUCGACAUGCUGGGCUAUAUGCCACAGUGCCUUCAUCUGUGA